GAAACAGCAUCACCAUGUACAAGUCCCUGCUCGUCGUCUUCGCCGUCCUGGCUGUGGCUUCGGCCGGCUACAUCGCCAGCCCCGUGGUCAGCACCUACGGUGCUGCCGCCUACCCCGCCUACUCUGCCUACUCCGCCGGUGCCUACCCCGCCUACUCCGCCUACUCCGCCGCCUACCCCGCCUACACCGGCUACUCCGGCUACAGCGCCUACAGCGCCUACCCCAGCGUGUACUCCGGCUCCUCUUACCUGUACCGUUAAAUUGUACGCAGCAGACGACAAUGUUCCGGUCCGCUCCUCCGCUCCCUGGCUGAGGUGCAUUCAACCUUUUCGGCUCCACAAGUGAUAAAAAAAUAAAACUGUUGCAUUACUUAA